UCUUGUUUACAACGAUGGCGGCUGUGUGAUUUACAAGUAUGGAAUAUCUUCAUGUAGUUCCUUAACUGUGGGUGUAAAACGUGUAAUGGCUGAACGAGGGGCACACCUGACACCUACUUCGCAGGCGAAACCUUCAAUAUUUGAAGUAAUCGCACAAGAUUCGCUAUCAGUGACAUUUCAACCAGCGCUGAAGCGUGUUGCUACGUUUUUGGCAACUUGUAACCCUGAGAAAUAUGGGUGGCUCGUAACUUGGUUUGAGGAAGUGCACUUUGCAUUUAACACAAUACUUCAAUACCAUUACUUAAAGCAUCAUGGCGGCUCAUUUGCAGAGGUGGUGUAUGGCUUACAGCGCGUCCCACUGCAUGGCAUCAUGUCCAGAUUUCCUGAGCUGCCACUUCGACAGGAGGUCAUGUCCCUGCUGUGUUUGUGUGUAGUGCCGUACAUCCGAGCCAAGCUGGAGAACAGAGUGACUCAGUACCAGCUGCUCGGGGUAUCCAAGGGCUGGGUGCAGGUCCUACUACGACUGCACUCGACUCUGCAUUUUCUGUGGGAGAGCAGUGUGCUGGGCAACUACUUGUCCUACAUGACCGGGCAUUCUGCAAGCCAUUCACCACUCUUGCACCUGGCUGGUGUCACACUCCAGUAUGCAGCUGAGCAUGAACAGGAAUCCAAGUUUCCACUCCUGUCAGCAAAGUUUGUGGGGUACCUGCUGACACGCACAUUGGAGUUUGGAGCAUUCUUUCUUCGGUUCCUGCAGUGUUGGCACCUGGGUGACAUGCAACAUACCAGUGUGACUGCCCUGCCUCUUCCUCCUCCUUUUGAGGGGUUACCUCAAGCAGCACAGUAUGGAGAGGUGUGUCCAAUAUGUUUCCAGAAAUGGAAGAAUGAAACUGUGUUGUCUGUGUCAGGGUUUGUGUUUUGCUACCGCUGCAUUGUGCAGUAUCUGCAAGAGAAUCAUUGCUGUCCAGUGACCACAUAUCCUGCAGAUACAGGAGACCUGAUCCGAAUCUAUUCCAGUAGCUCCUGACACAAUGUACACCACUGUAAUGGCUUGUCAGAAUGAAUGGUGUACUUUAUGAAGGGAAUGUACAUAACUGGUAUUUCUUGAACUGUACUUCAGUGGGUCUGGUUAUUUAAAGUAAUGCAUUGAGAGAAGUUAAAUAAAAAGAAAGUUAAUUGGCUUCUGUUUUCUCUAGAUGUGGCAAGGGUGAAGAAUCCAUUUCUGAAGUGGGGCACUUGUGGGACAUUCAGUUAUGCUCAAUGAUAGGGUGAUUAUGAGAACAGUGGUUGGCAGAGUGAACCUACAACUUAACUUGUGCUCUGAACCAAGUUGGGAGGGGUGGCUUUCACACUCCCAUUAUGUUUUGUGCAGAUAAAAGUCUCAAUCUAUGCAAAGAAAAACCUACAUAUGCAUCUAGCCAGGAAUCAAACUCACAUCCUUGGAGUGAGAGUCCAGUUUCUUGCCCUGAGACCACUAAUAUGAAAUGUGUUUACAUAUGGGCCUUUGGCAGCAAGCAGUCAGGGUAUAAGAACUGAUGUCAGACAACGGACAGUAAUGCAAUCCACAUAUACACACAUUGAGCCAGAUUUCAUUUUGGAAUUAUUAGACCCAACAGUUGUCUCUGUGCAGAGAUAGCUCCAUGCAUUCUGAACCUGGGCACCAGAUGGAGGGGGGGUUAACUUUAUGCUCUGGCUGCUUUAUUCCCAGAGAAAGAAUCCUGGUGUCCAUUGGAUGGGAGGGUGGGUGAACCCCAAAACCAGUCUGGAUGCUGCGGAGAAAAGACAAAUCACUGCCACGGCCAAGAAUCGAAUAUCGAGUCCAUAGCCUAGUCACUACAUGGACUGAGGUGUCCUGGCUCCCAUUAUCAGGUUAUUCAAGAGAAAAUUAAAAUACUUAAAUAUGAAUAUGGCAGUGAAUCAUGGGUGAAACACAAAAAACAUUUCUUGAUUGUAGCUUUGCAUCAAGGGACUAAAAGAAAGAAGGGUUCCCUGCACCUGUGAUGUCUGCAGAACAUUGGCAACCCAUGUCUAAGGUGCUGAGGAGAAAGUGGAACAUCACUGACUUAUUCAGUAAUUAUAAAGGAGCAGUAUUUUGUGAAAAGAUCAGGUUGAUAACAGAAGAAGGGGGAGAAGAAGGAGACAGAGAGAAUGAGAAACAGGAGAAGAAAAAGAAAGAGGAGAAUAAGCAGGAAGCAAGGAAGAAUUAAGAAAAUAAAGAGAAGGAGAAUAAGCUUGAAUGUCACUAUUCAUAUCUCAUCUCAUAUUCAAAGGAAAUAAGCUGCAACGAGACCAACCCCUUGUUGCCAAUGUAUUUUCAUUGGAUCAUGUGAAGUAAGGAAUUCUAAAACAAGUGGUUAAGUGCCACACUCUGUCAAUGCUCACUUCUUUAUUAUGUGCAAGUUAUGUCAGUAUCGACAAGCUUAUAUAACUAACAGGAGGCAUUAACACAUACUGACAAUUCACAUGCUCUCCAAUCUCUUUCUAUCUGUACUUCAUCUUGCAGGGCCACAUGGUUGUCAGACCAUGCAUUACUGUGAGUAUUAACAGAUUGCUCUCAUGUGCCUCUCACAGAUUUCAUGUGACUGUUGCAAGACCAACUACACAUAGAGAUGACCAGAAA